AGUGGCGGGGCCGCCAUGGCGGCGCCCGGAGCCCCCGGGCCGGGCCCGGCCGCCGCCCCCACGGUGCUGAUGGCGGCCCGCGCCGAGCUGGCCGCGCCCUGCCGCCUCCUGCCCGCCAACGCCGGCGCCGCGCUCCGCCUGCAGCUCAGCGUGCAACCGGGGAACGACGGGCGGCGCCGCUUCCGCCUGGCGCUGCGGGCGGCGGAGGCGGGGGGCGGCGCGCCCCUGGCCGAGUGUGACCUGCGGGACGUGUCCUACCGUGUCUGUGGCCCCGCCAGCCACCAGCUGCAGCUGCCGGGGACAGCGGGGACAGAGAGGGACACAGAGGGGACAGCGGGGGACACAGAGGGGACAGAGGGGACAGAGGCGGUGGCACUGCGCUUCCCCGAGGAGCGCGAGGCCCAACAGUGGUGGACAGUGCUGAGCAGCUCCCUCAGAGAGGCACGGAGAGCCGCCGAGGGUGACACGGGGACGUCUCCAGUGCCACCCGCGGGGACAUCUCCGGUGCCACCCGUGGGGACAUCUCUGGUGCCACCCGUGGGGACAUCUCCAGUGCCACCCGCCGAGGGCCCCGAGCUGGACACGGAGGAGCAGCAGGUCCUGGAGCUGGCCCAGACAGAGGAGCUGGCCCUGCAGCUGGCCGAGGCGGUGGCCCUCGGGGACGAGGCGGUGGCCGCCCGCAGCGCGGUGGCACUGGCCCGGCGGCACGCGGAGCUGAGCGUGCGCCUGCGGGAGAGGGAGCGGGACCGGGCCGACAUCAGCAUGCCGGUGGGGGUGGAGGACGCCACGUCCUCGGCCAGCAUCACGCUGCGGGUGCAGCCCCACAUCACCAUCGGCACCCUCAAGGAGCAGGUGUUCCGGGAGUACGGUUUCCCGCCGGCGGCGCAGCGCUGGAUCAUCGGGCAGAGCCUGUGCCGGGACGGGCGCAGCCUGGGCUCCUACGGCAUCCGCCGCGACGGGGACCCGGCCUUCCUCUUCCUGCUCUCGGCACGGCCGCCGCCGGGAACGGCACUGGGAACGGCACCGGGAGUGACACCGGGAACGGCACCGGGAGCGGCACCGGGAAUGGCACCAGGAGUGACACCGGCACCGGGAACGGCACCGGGAACGGGAGUGACACCGGGAGUGGCACCGGGAGCGGCACCAGCACCGGGAGCGGAGCGGCAGCGGCAGGCGCUGCAGCUGCUGCGCGCUGCGGGGCUGCACGGGGACGGGGACGGCUCACCUGGCGCAGGCCGUGUCCCCGAGGAGCCCCCGGAGCGGAUGGACAUCGGGGACAUCCAGGAGCGCCUGGACUCGCUGCAGCUCUGGGACAGCGCCGGGGCCCUGCCCGCCGGCCCUGAGCCCCGCCCGCCCUCACCUGAGCAGGCGGGCUGGCCGUGCCCCCGGUGCACGUUCCUGAACAAGCCCACCCGCCCGGGCUGUGAGAUGUGCCCUGUUCCCAAUCCCAAUCCCAAUCCCAAUCCCAAUCCCAAUCCCGUUCCCGUUGCAGGCGGGCUGGCCGUGCCCCCGGUGCACGUUCCUGAACAAGCCCACCCGCCCGGGCUGUAUGUGCCCCAAUCCCUGUUCCCAAUCCCAAUCCCUGAUCCCAAUCCCAAUCCCAAUCCCAAUCCCGUUCCCAUGCAGGCGGGCUGGCCGUGCCCCCGGUGCACGUUCCUGAACAAGCCCACCCGCCCGGGCUGUGAGAUGUGCAGUGCCCCCCGCCCCGAGGGGUACCGCGUGCCCGGGGGGCACCGGCCCGACCCCGCCGAGCUGCGGCGGCUGCAGCGCGAGCGCGACGGCGCCCGACAGUGCCAGCAGGCGCUGGAGGCGGAGCGGCAGCGGAACUUCCAGCAGCUGCUGCGGGCGGAGCAGGCCGGGCUGGUGCCGAACCCGGAGCCGCUGGAGUGCCGCAUCUGCCUGCAGCGCGUGCCGGCCGGGAGCGCCGUGCUGCUGCGCGACUGCCUGCACAGCUUCUGCCGGGAGUGCCUGCGCCAGGUGAUCAUGUUCAGCGAGGAGCCGGUGGUGGCCUGUCCCUUCCGCGAUGUCACCUACGCCUGCGGCAGCCACCUGCAGGAGCGCGAGAUCCGCGCGCUGCUGUCCCCCGAGGAGCACGCGCGGUUCCUGGCGCGGGGGCUGGCGCUGGCCGAGCGCCGCAGCCGGAACAGUUUCCACUGCCGGGGCCGGGACUGUCCGGGCUGGUGCUUCUACGAGGACGCGGUGAACGAGUUCCCGUGCCCGGUGUGCGGGGCGCUCAACUGCCUCCUGUGCAAGGCCAUCCACGAGGGUCAGAACUGCCGGCAGUACCAGGACGAGCUGCAGCUGCGGGCGCUGCACGACGCGGCCGCGCGCCAGACGCGGGACAUGCUGCAGACGCUGGUGCAGCGGGGCGAGGCCAUGCACUGCCCCACCUGCCACAUCGUGGUGCAGAAGAAGGACGGGUGCGACUGGAUCCGCUGCACCGUGUGCCAGACCGAGAUCUGCUGGGUCACCAAGGGACCCCGCUGGGGGCCGGCGGGCCCCGGGGACACCAGUGGCGGCUGUCGCUGCAACGUCAACGGCCAGAGGUGCCACCCCCAGUGCCAGAACUGCCACUGACCCCGGGGACACCCCGGGGACACCCUGGGGACACCUUGGGGACACCCUGGGGACACCCCCAGUGCCAGAACUGCCACUGACCCCGGGGACACCCCGGGGACACCCUGGGGACACCAAGGCACGGACGGAGCCGGUGCUGGACUGAGGGACAGAGAGGAUGGACAUGGGGACACAGGAUGGACACACGGACACAGGAU